AUGAGUGAUCCUACCAACCCGAACAUCAAGAACAGAAGUACUCAGCAAUGGGGUCUCUACCAGCGCGAGAACUUCCAAAAGGUCAACCAGGGCCAAACACCACUUUUUAAUACCAACCCCCAAAAACUUGAAGAAAGAGCCAAAGAAAAGCUCUCCGAAGGAGGCUGGUACUAUGCGUCCUCCAAUGCCGGACUGUCAAACACUCACCUCGCAAACCGCCAAUCCUUCUACCGACACCGCAUCAUCCCCAACCAACUAGUCGACACCAAUAGCCGUGAUACCAGCGCCGAGAUCUUCGGCCACCGCGUCUCAGCCCCCAUCGGCUUCGCCCCAAUCGGUAUCAAUAAGAUUUACCACCCAGCCGGCGAAGCAGCCGUCUCCAAAGUCGCCGGGGAACUUAACCUCCCUUACUGCCUCUCAACAGCGGGAAGUACAUCGAUUGAGAAAGUGGCCGAGGCAAACGGCUCCGGACCACGCUUCUAUCAACUCUACAUGCCUCACGAUGACGAACUUACGUUGUCAUUGCUGAACAGGGCGUGGAACGCGGGGUUCGACGCUUUGAUUCUAACAACGGAUACAUGGCAACUCGGCUGGAGACAUGAUGACGUCGCGACCUCGAAUUACGCUUUCUAUCGCGGUUUCGGUGCUGAUUUGGGUCUGACGGAUCCCGUUUUCCGGAAACGGUGUCAGGAGGAUGGAAUCGAUCCAGACAAGGAUGUUGUUGCGGCGAGUACGAAGUGGAUUGAUUCCGUCUGGCAUGGACGGGCGUGGUCGUGGGAGAAGAUCCCGUGGUUGAUUGAGCAGUGGAAGAAGAUCUCUGGAGGACGGCCGUUUGCGAUUAAGGGGAUUCAGAGUGUGAAGGAUGCGAAGAAGUGUGUUGAGUUGGGGGUUGAUGGGAUUGUGGUGAGUAACCAUGCUGGACGGCAGGUUGAUGGGGCUGUUGCUAGUCUUGAUGCUCUUGAGAAGAUUGUUGAGGCUGUUGGGGAGAAGAUUUAUAUUAUGUUUGAUUCUGGAGUGAGGGGGGCGAGUGAUGUUGUUAAGGCGCUUGCGCUUGGUGCGAAGUUUGUGUUUGUGGGAAGGCUAUGGAUUUGGGGCUUGAGUAUAAUGGGAGAGGAUGGGGUGAGACAUGUUAUGAAGAGCUUGCUGGCGGAUUUGGAUAUUUUAAUGGGUGUUGCUGGGUUUAACUCAGUGAAGGACUUUGAGAAGGAGAUUCUCGAGUCCGGUCCUAAGUCUUACUCCUUGAUCCCGGAGAAGGUGCUGUGA